UAGGUGGUCAGGCUGCAUAUACUCGUAGCCUCGCCGUAUCGCGAUUGUAUGGCCGAUUAGUGACAGCUUCAUCUUUCAGCGAUAGCCUCGUGGUAACCUCGCCAUCUCGUGAUUGUACAGCUGAUCUGUAACAACUUUACUGUGACGACUUGACAGUUGCAGCUUCACAUUGCCAGCUUCACAGUGCCAGCAUCACUUCUCAGCAUUACAGUUACAUCACCUCCACCACCACCACCAUGGCCUCCUCCUCCCAUCCCCCAUCACCGCCCUCCAACAACCAGCAGUCCAAGUACGGCGGCUUCACGCGCUUUGAGAUAGAACUUGAAUUCGUCCAAUGCCUAGCAAACCCCCACUACCUCCUCCAUCUCGCCACCCUCACGACCUCCGAAACCCCCAACACGCCCAGCAUCCCCCUCCUCGCCCACCCCCCCUUCAUCGCCUACCUCUCGUACCUACAAUACUUCUCCACAGCACCCUAUCUCAAGUACCUGACCUACCCGGGGCCGACGCUCAAGAAUCUCGAGUUGUUGCAGAAUGAAAGGUUUAGGAGGGAUGUGUUGAGUCCGGAUGUGGUGGGGCAGUUGGUGGUGGAGGGGGUUGGGGCUGUUGCAGGGAGUUGAGGGAGGGGAUUGGGAUAUGAUAGGAUGCGGAGAUGAAGGCUGAAGGGGAUACUAUGGAAGGGAGGAUGGAUUCACUCAGAGAGGAAGGGCUAGGCAAGGUCUGCCACGGAUAUCAGACAUUGGUCACAUGGAUAUGAUUGGAGAUGUGGUUCUGGAAAUCGGCAUACCGCCAAGAUAUAGGGAUGGGAUAUGGCAUCCAGGAAGAGAUAUAGGGUGUCACGCCGGACAGAAAAGAAAGGAUGGUUAAGGGCACCACGGAGAAGAACAAUGUACCAACAGGCAGAUACUGGGUAGACGUUCUGCGUCCAUCCCACUGGGUUCGCUCUCACCAGUGGAGAAGGAAAAAAUAUAAUCCAGCAUAAAGCGGAUAGAAUACAUGAUCUAUCAAGCCAAAACUGAC